CCAGAGAAUUGUAGCCAAGUCAAAAGUAGACUUCCGCGAAAAGUGAUGAUACAAACCCGUCCAAUCUGCCAUGACAGCUGAAUUCCUUCUUUAUUUGCCGGAGAAGAUUCAGCAACCAUCUCACUCUUCCCACCUGCAGAUCGUCUCGAAAGUUCAGGCGUGCCAUGGAGACCAGAGGUUCGGAAGAAGGGGUUCUGCUCCCUAACAUAGAAGGAGUGAGAUACAUCUUCCAUAGGGAGCAUGAGCAUCAAUUGAUUCUGGCCGAGCUAGAUGGUUGGGAAGGCAUGUGCCGCAGUUGCCGCAAGAGCACCUCUGGCCUGACUUACAGCUGUAGCAGAUGUGGAUUCUACCUUCACAAGAGAUGCACCGGAAAUCCCGAUGUGAUUGAGAGUCCCCUGCACCCGCAUCCUCUCACGAGGGACUUCUGUACUGGUUCCAGAUGCAGUAGCUGCAGGUCAACCUCCAUCAGCAAAUCCAACUUCUACAAAUGCUUGAAGUGCGAUUUCUCCCUCGACCAAAAAUGCGCCCUUGCGGUACCCUCCAUUUGCCUUGGGCUGCCUUGCCAGUUAUGUCAUUCUGCAAUGGCGUUGAUCGAGAGAUUGGAGGAGGAUGAGGAGCUGCGCUGCAUCAUAUGCCUCGAACGCUGCUCCGGUCCAUCUUACAGUUGCAAAUCAUGUAACUAUUGCUUCCACAAAUCAUGUUCCACUGGUCUCCAGGAUAUCCAGCACCCAUCUCACCCAUUUCACCGUCUCACAAGGAUCGAGCUACGUGAAUUCAAGUGCCAUAACUGUCUUGAAUAUUGGUACGGCACAUUGUACCGCUGCGAGGAGUGCGACUUUGAUCUUGAUUUCAAGUGCGCCUUCCUUGUGGCCAGGGAAGAAUUUGAAGGUAAAGAACCUGUCCUCAGUGAUAUCCACCGGCAUCCUUUAGCAUUGACUGACGAAAGCAGUCGGAGGAACGGUGACUGCAUUGUGUGCUAUGAACCUUGCUCUCUCUCGACCUAUAGUUGCCGUGCUUGUAGCAUUUAUGUUAAUGUUCACAAAUCAUGCGCGACUACCAAGAUACCAAAAACUCUCCAUCACACUCUUUUGCAAGAUAGCUCUCUUCAGAGGUGUCACAGCUCAUCCCAUCACACUCUUUUCCUAGACGACCAUCUUCAGAGGUCUCGCGGCUCAUUCACGUGUAGAGCAUGUCAAAAGGACUGCUCAGGCUUAUGCUAUGAGAUUCCAGGUGUUGAUUACAAGCUCGAUGUAAGAUGUGCAUAUCUUGACAAACCUCUCAUAAUAUUUGAUGGGCACAGUCACCCUCUUAUCUUCCUCGAGGUUUUUGAUGGCCAUGGGACGUGCAAUGUUUGUGAUAAACCCUGCACAUCGUCCAUAUUUCACUGCCCAACCUGCAACAUCCAACUCCAUUUGUUCUGUGGUCCACUGCCGUGCUCCAUCAAACAAGAGACACAUACGGAUAUUCUCGACCUGAAGGAUUCGCUUGUGGAGGAUUUGACGGGGUAUGAUGAGUUUUAUUGUGAUAGCUGUGAAGAACAAAGAGACCCACAUGAAUGUGUUUAUUAUUGUUCUCGCUGUCACUACUGUGCUGACAUCAAAUGCGUGAUGCAUGAGCUUAAACUUGUGUUAUCGGGGAAGUCUGGAGAUGUUGCGUUGAGGACCUUGGGCCGAUGGAGUCGUUCGGGUAAAGUACUAAGUAAAGGCUUGUUAUCGGAAGAAAUGCAGAAGUAUGGAAUAGGAACAGCAUCUAUGGACACCAAGCCUGCAUGUUGCAUGAAAGACAUCAUAGAAUCUUUACCUAAAGAUGAUAAAAUCGAGUUGGACAAUAUCUUUAACAGCAGUGAGAAAUUGUUCGAGGACUUGAGCGGAGACGACAGUAUUCAGGACGCCCGUCCUUAUUCGGAUGAAGAGUUCAUACAGCUAGUGCAAAAGCUUGAUUCUGCAGAGUUGAGAGGUCUCAAGAGAAGCUGGAAAUCCAACAUAAGGUUCAUCCGUAUCGGAGAAUUUCUCGUACCCCAGCAGUUGAUUCAUGUAUACAAUGACUUGUAUCAGAAGUAUGGUGAUCUCACUGCUGAAACAAAGCUAAGUGUUAGCCUUAAGGCGCUGAUGUUGCUUCCCUUGUGUCAAGCAGUUGAGGGAUUAUGCUCGACUAAGGUGAUAGAUAUCACUGAAAGUGAUCUCAUGGAUUGGUGUAUCUGCGUUAAAGCUGUCCACAGGGCAGGUUUCAAGAUCCAAUUCAUUGUCGAUGCUCUGAAGGUAGUUGUGCGGGCUUACUAUGGGCUUCUCUUUCAAAGGAAUAUUGGUCAGGAGAUCAGGUCACUUGAAGAAGAGAUUCCAAUGAACAAAGAAUCACUGGGGGAACUCGAGGGACAACUCAAACACCAUAAGGAAUAUUUCGAAUCUAAAGAACCUAGCCUGGUCAAGGAGUGCAUGGAAGAAGCUUCAUUGCUGAUGUAUAAGACAGCUGGCGAGGUUGUUCUUGAAUAGGCAAUGAUGUUUUUAAAUUGUUGAAGUUUGUGAGUUUGUUGAACUAUAGUCAGGUCUCUAUCCAAUGUACUGUUUAAUCGGUUUGUAUCAGUGCAUAUCAGCCAUCCAAACCUGAAUAUAUAGUUCUCCACAAAUUAACUACAGAGUUUUUCAUCUAA